UAAGAAAUACGUUUCGAAGUUGCGUUUGCAUAACAUGCACUUGGCUUUUGUUUCCAUUGUGUGUUAAUUUGGGGUGAAGGUGCUCUUGGGGUGCGAGGCCUUGGGGUGGAAGCUGCUUUAGCGAAUAAAGCCGACUUGCUUUCUCUUAAAAUGUAUUGUACAAAAUAAGAAUGCGUUCUAAAUAUGCUGAAUUUUUAAAUUUAAUAUUACUGUGUUUAUUUGGAGGGACUGUUGUGGAUGAUAGGAGUUUAAACCCCUAAAUUCCGCCUCUACCAGAUUAGAGUCCUGGGACUCUCCCCCCACAGCCUCCCUCUUCCGCCCAUCAAGAUUUCAACAAGCCCCGGGAAUGAUCCACAAGGUCACAAGGAACUGAGCCAUUUUCUGGUUUGCUUGUCGGAGACAAAUGGUGGUGGUGGUGGGGGGUUAACUCUCAGAAGGCCUCAGUUGAUUGUCAGGAGGGACGCCCCGGGAAGCGUACCUGAGGUUUACCUCAGAGUUCGCCACGAGGUGCCUAUGAUGGGGAAUGGGGUUGGGGGUUCAUUAAAAAACGUUCUUCCUUUUAAAAAGGAGAGGGGAAAGAAUCAGACGUUAAAUUCUUUUGCAAACAUUCAUGCCUAAGGAAGGGCUGGAACAGGCAAUCCCGGCCGCCGGAACCGGUCGGACAGGUAGCGAGCUUGUUGACACCGUUAUGUUGCAGGGCGCAUGCUCACUCCCAAGUUUCCUGGUGCCUUUUCUAUUCCACCUUAUGAAACUUUUUCCUCGGCGUGGUCUCACCCGCGAUUUAAGGCAUAGGUGUCGCCGAGCCGGGAGGCUUGGACUCGUCGGGAGUGCGGGGGACAGGCCAGGGCCACGCUGCGGCAGGGGUCGGAGGGAGAAGGCCAGCUAGGCGGGAGGGUGGGCUCUGGCCGCCAGAGCCGGGGACCCAGAGGAGCCGGGGACCCAACCAUCGCCGCCGCCUCUAGCGGGGAGCAGCCGGGAAGAGGGGGCCGCAGUCCAGGGAGGGGCCCUACCAUGCCCAAAGUCUUCCUGGUAAAGAGGAGGAACCCGGGGGUCUCGGUCCGCAGCUGGGAUGAGCUCCCGGACGAGGAAAGAGCAGACACCUACAUCCCAGUGGGUCUGGGCCGUCUGCUGCGCGAUCCCCCCGAGGACUGCCGCAGCGACGGUGGCAGCAGCAGCGGCGGCGGCAGCAGCAGCAGCGCGGGGGAUCCUGGAGGCGCCGAGAGCAAUUCGUCCCCGCGCGCCCCCGAACGCGAAACCUCUGAGCCUGGAGACGCAGAGAGCCCCGAUGGACACCUGGCGGUGAAGCAGCGCCCGGUCGCCAGGUCGAAAAUCAAGUUCACUACAGGGACAUGCAAUGACUCGGCGGUUCACAGCUGUGACCUGUGUGGCAAGGGCUUCCGCCUACAGCGUAUGCUCAACCGGCACCUCAAGUGCCACAACCAGGUUAAGAGGCACCUGUGCACCUUCUGUGGCAAGGGCUUCAACGACACCUUCGACUUGAAGAGGCAUGUCCGCACGCAUACAGGCAUUCGUCCCUACAAAUGUAACGUCUGCAACAAAGCCUUCACCCAGCGCUGCUCCUUGGAGUCCCACCUGAAGAAGAUCCACGGAGUGCAGCAGCAGUAUGCCUACAAGCAACGCCGGGAUAAGCUCUACGUCUGCGAGGAUUGUGGCUACACAGGCCCCACCCAGGAGGACCUGUACCUGCACGUGAACAGUGCCCACCCAGGCAGCGCGUUUCUCAAAAAGACAUCCAAAAAACUAGCAGCCCUUUUGCAAAACAAGCUGACCUCCACACUCCAGGAAAAUGCCAACCUGAGCGAGGAGGAGGAGAAAUGAGGAGGAAGAGGGGAGAGAUUCCAACGCUGCCACAUUUACAUGGAUUUUUGGUUUGGAGGGUCCCCCACCCCACUGGCUCUUUCUAAUUACAAGUGUUCAGUUCAUCUCUCUGUCCUUUUGGGGCCUCAGUAGGGGAUCUGUUCCAAGGCUGCCACUUGUAAUUGUGGCAUCAGGUCCCCUGUCACCCAUGUCCUAUUGAACACAGUAAAGUUAAGGAAAGUUUAUGGAUGGCUGUGAUCACUGUGCGGGACAUUUUUUUUUCUUUUCUUUUUUUUAGGCUUUUCACACAUGGAGGCAGAGGUGUUCUUAGAGAGACCAUCAUUUUAUGGUGCCUUGCAAUAAAGUAUUUCCACUUGAAAUGCUACUCAAGCAAGAAAAAUGAACUUUGUUAUCCUGAAAGAGUUUACAGGAAUUAUUUUAAUAAAUGAAAUGUCCUCAUGAAACUUUAUAAUAAAA